GAUGGCGGCGGGUGCGUGAGGCGCGAUACUCGGCGCGCGAUUCCCUCUUGCUGGCGCUCGCCGCCAUGAAGGGCAAGGAGCGUUCCCCUGCCAAGGCCAAACGGUCCCGGGGCGGCGAGGACUCCUCUUCGGCGCGGAGCGAGCGGAGCAGUAAGAAGCCAAGCAACGGCGGCGGGAAGUCGGCGAGCGGCGGCGGCUCUGGCGAGGGUGGCGGCGGUGGCAGCAGUCGGCGGAGCCUUCACUUGGAAAAGGCCAGCCGGGCCAGCAGCCGCGAGUAUGACUCCGCCACGGUGGGCAGCUCCGGGGGCGGCGGGAGCAGCAGCCGCCACGGCUACAGCAACAGUAGCAGCAGCAAGAACGCGGAAUCGUCCUCGCGUGGCAGCCGCGGCGGCGGCGGCGAUUCCCGGGCGCCCCCCUCCGACUCCGGCAGCAGCAGUGAGUACAAGACGCUGAAGAUCAGCGAGUUGGGCUCUGCGCUGAGCGACGAGGCAAUCGAGGACGGGCUCUUCCACGAGUUCAAGCGCUUCGGGGACGUAAGUGUCAAAAUCAGCCGCCUGCCGCCCGGCACCGGCGCUGGCGACGAGCGGGUGGCCUUCGUCAAUUUCCGGCGCCCCGAGGACGCCCGAGCUGCCAAGCAUGCUCGCGGCCGCCUGGUUCUCUACGACCGGCCGCUGAAGAUCGAGGCUGUCUACGUGGGGAGCAGCAGCGGAGGGGGGAGCGGCCGGCGUCGCGCCAGCCGUUCUCCUGCCCUUUUGGACAAGGAAUCUCCCUACGGAGCCGCAGCGGUGGGUGUAGCAGGUGCGGCGCCUGCAGCUAUCAGGCACCCCUCGACUGGGGCUACUCAGAGGGCGCUUUCUCCUGCUGGUGGAGGAGCUGGCUUGGGGUACAGAGACUUCAGGCUACAGCAGCUUGCCCUCGGCCGCUUGCCACCACCGCCACCACCUCUGCCUAGGGAAUUGGAAAGAGAACGAGAUUAUGGGGGCUUCUAUGACCGUGUGAGGCCCGCUUACAGUCUGGAUCGAGUUGCCGGGGUGGCGGCAGCUGCAUUUCGUGGGGUUGGUGGCACUGGAACAGCCAGCGAGGAAGAGAUUAGCCCCGAAGAUGACCAGAGAGCCAAUCGUACCCUGUUCCUCGGCAAUCUGGACAUAUCGGUGACUGAAUCGGAUCUACGUCGAGGUUUUGACCGCUUUGGGGUUAUCACUGAGGUGGACAUCAAGCGGUCAUCCCGAGGUCAAACUAGCACCUAUGGAUUUCUCAAGUUUGAAAACUUGGAUAUGGCCCACCGGGCUAAAAUUGCUAUGUCCGGUAAAGUGCUGCUGCGUAACCCUAUCAAAAUUGGCUAUGGUAAGGCCACCCCAACCACACGACUUUGGGUGGGUGGUCUGGGGCCUUGGGUACCAUUGGCUGCUCUUGCCAGGGAGUUUGACCGUUUUGGCACUAUUCGCACCAUUGACUAUCGUAAAGGUGACUCAUGGGCUUACAUCCAGUAUGAGAGCUUGGAUGCUGCACAAGCUGCUUGUAGCCACAUGCGUGGUUUUCCUUUGGGUGGGCAAGACCGCCGUCUCCGGGUGGACUUUGCUGACACUGAGCAUCGUUAUCAGCAACCUUAUUUGCAGACAUUGCCACUCCCACCCCCUCCUCACUAUGAUCUGGUAGCAGAGACAUCUGCCUUUGGGGCACAUCGUGGAGCCCCGUCUGAUCCACUCCGAGGUGCUCGGGAUAGGACUCCACCCCUAGUGUAUGGCGAUCGUGACAGAGAUCUCUAUCCUGAGACGGAGUGGGUGCCUCCCCCACCUCCAGUUCGGGACAGGGGGAGCAGAGCAACUGUUUAUGAUACACUAGAAAGUUUGGAACGUCGGCGAGAUGGUUGGUCUCUAGAAAGAACUCGUGGGGAAAGGGAGUUAGUCAUAAGCAGUAGGGAUCUACCCAGGAAGCGAAGGCUAGUGGAGGAUGGGGGGCGGCAUUUGGAUCGUUCUCCGGAUAGUGAACGAUCAUCUUCAUCUCGCAAACGUCACUGUCCUGCUGCAGCCUCUCCACAAGAUCGUAGUCCUGAGCCAAGUAUGGGCAGAGACCGCUAUAGUAGUGAUGCAGAACGACCAACCUCUCGUUUACUGUUACUGGAGCGCCCUUCACCCAUCCGAGAGCCACGCAGGGGUAGCUUGGAGCGAAGCCAGAGUGAGAAGCGUGACCGCAAAAGCUCUGAAAGGGAACGAAAGCAUCGCACACUUACCACUGCUACCACCCAAGAAUGCAAGAGUCCAGCUAAAAAGGAUGAGCAUGCAUCCGAAGGCAGCAGUGGUGGAGGAUCUAGGUUGAAACCUCCACCUCAAAAGCAACAACAGCAGGAUGGAACCUCAAAGUCUGGGUCAUCCCCCAAACUAUGCCUCGCCUGGCAAGGAAUGCUUCUAUUGAAGAACAGCAACUUUCCGUCUAACAUGCACCUACUUCAAGGGGAUCUGAGUGUGGCCAGCAGUCUCCUGGUGGAAGGAGCAACUGGUGGCAAAGUGGCCCAGCUAAAGAUCACACAGCGCCUCCGUUUGGACCAGCCCAAGCUGGAUGAAGUUACCCGUCGUAUCAAAGUGGCAGGGCCCAAUGGAUAUGCUAUUCUCCUGGCUGUGCCUGGUACCACAGACAACCGUGCCUCAUCUGGGGCUGGUGAAGCUAACACCACCUCUACACAGCGGCCGCUCAGAAACCUGGUGUCCUAUCUUAAACAAAAACAGGCAGCUGGGGUGAUAAGCCUCCCAGUAGGGGGCAAUAAAGACAAAGAAAACAGCGGGGUCUUGCAUGCUUUCCCACCCUGUGAUUUUUCUCAGCAGUUCCUGGAUUCUACAGCCAAGGCCCUGGCUAAAUCAGAGGAUGACUAUUUGGUCAUGAUCAUUGUCCGUGGUGCAUCUUAAAGCCCUAAUACUUUCUAUGCUCUCUCCUGCUGCUUUACACAGCCCCCCUCCCCUCUGUUCCAGUGUCUGCCAGGUGCUAUGCGAUAAGCCUUAGCCACUUCCCCAAGUAUAAUUUUUAAUUAGAUAUGUAGUUAAUCUUACCUCCCCUCAGUUUUCUAUAAACUCUCUAGAAGGCAGACUUGUUAGCUGUUCUUUAGUAUGGCUAGGCUACCAUGACUGUCUUGCUGAUGUGCAGGUAGCAGGAAUGGAAGGUCUGCUUCAACUAAAAUAUGAAUCCCAGAACAAGCGUAUUUCUUUCUUCCCCCCCCCUUUUUAAAAAUACCCUUUAACUUCUUGUCCUCUUUCAUUUCAUAACUUUAAAGUAGACAUAAAAACAUCCCUACAUUUACAAAUCUAAAUGGCCAGAUUUAAAACAUUUGUGGCUCAUACAGAAUCACAUGCCUAAAGCAAAUGCCCAUUGUGAGCCGUAUGGUCCAGUGAAGGCCUUGGGCUUGUAGCCUUGAAAUCAAAAUAAUCCCUCCAUCAAGAACCUGAAAAUAACAUCUGAGUUUGAAUUGAUUCAGGAUUGAUUUUCCCCAAGGCAGAUGAUACUUUAUCUUUUGUGGUACACUAGGCUUCUUUCACUGGGUAUUAGUUUUGUUGCCAAGUUCAUAGAAGUGCAUGCACACAAAGAAUGUGUACACAGGUGAACUUUUGAAUCUUACUCAUUUGGGGUUAUAGUUGUGAUACAUGAUAAAGAACCAAGAGCGUUGCUAUAAUCCAUGAACAUCUUGCACUUCAGUAUGUAAGAAGCAGGUGCUUUUAAGACAACUGUGAUUACUUGCAUUUUUGUUAUUGCCCUUUGCUAAUUGUGUUAGGGACAGUGAAUUCCAAAAUGUAACUUGGAAAUAUAAUUUUCAGAGAUGGCACUUAACUUUUGUAAAAAGUUCCGCCACAUAACCAUUUCAAUAUCAUUUUAUAGCCAUGAAAAUAGAAAUGAAUGCUACCUGGUAGUUACUUUCAGGUAAAUAUGGGCAUUAUGCAAGGUUUUAUAGUCUGGAUUGCACUGUUUUAAUCUUGACAUUUUUGCAGUCUUGUGUUUCCAAGUGUUGGGGAAGCAGUUCAGUUUAUUCAAAGAACAUAAUUUGUUUUUUGGGGAAAUGAGGUUUUUUAAACUCCACAAAAACAUCCUGAUAUAGAUAGGGGGAAGUAGUUCAGACAUGUGGCUUCAUUUUUCUAAUCUUUUCAUUCAAACAUUUUAUUAACCCUCUAAGGCAUUGUACCAGCCUCUGAGUAAUGAAGAGUGCUGUUUUCCACUUGGUGUAAAAUGGUUUUGCCCAGGUAUAAAGGUUUACAUUCUUUGAAAGGUGACAUGUUGCUCAUUGUAAGCUUAAAUUGAGAAGCACGUUAAAGUCACUUUUUAGAGUGAAGCCUCAUUUCUGAAAUCAGUCAAUCCUUUCACUUUUUAAGAAAAACAGCUUUAGCACCCUAAACCCCAUUGAUGAGUAAUUGCAAAUUUCAAAUAACCACCAGCACACACUGAAAAUGUCUGCUGUCCUGUAAUAAAGGAAGAAAACCUUGAACUGUGGGCUGAAGAGCCCUUCAAUGUGCAUGCAAAAUCUAGCCACUUUCCUUACUUUUAAUGAGAAUUGUGUAGGGAGUUGUUUCAUAUAUUCUCUGCUUCCAGACGAAGUCUCAGUAAGAUAGGCCUAUGUUGCCAGUUGGUGCAUAACAUGACUGUUGCUGAGUUAUCCAUGUUACUGCACUUGUCAAGCACUGGUGGCAUAUAGAAUGGAUUCUCUUGCGGUUUUUGUAACAGCUUGAUCUCUAUGUUAGACUUCUGAGUCAUUUAUGGAAGGCCACCUAUGUAACCCUUCAAAACCUUUAUACUUGUGAACAAUAGUACCAUUUCUCCAAUAUGCAGUGCUCACUUUUGAGAAAAGCCCUACAGAACUUGAAUUUGCAAUAAAUUGUAUGAAUAGUCUUGCUUACUAGCAAGCCACUGACAACUGGUGUCAGAAAAACUCAACACCAUGGGGGUUUUCCUCUUUGAAAAUGGAAACAAAUUAUGUUCAUUGCUGCUUAUCUUCAUGACUUGAAGUAUGUUAAGGUUAUGUGAAAUGGGCAAUUUCAAUUUCCAAAUCCUUACUUAGAUUUUUUUUUAAGUAAAAAAUCUGGUUCAUUUGUUAACUAGAAAAGGAAACCUAGCAUUUUAGGAGCCCUUUGUAGGGUAAAAUAAAUGACAAGCAACAUUAAAUGUCACAGCACUUAGUUAAAACCGCCAUAAAAUCUAAAUACAAGUUUGGGGGCUGUAUUUACUUUUGAGUGUGCAUAGCAGAGUGAUUAUCCGUUUGAGCCAUCUGGGUAAGAGUUCAGCACUAGCAAAUGUUGCAUUUAAUGCCACUUAUACACAACAGAUCAGAGUUAGUUUCUCUGUAUAUGGCAUUAUGGAGCUUCAGUAUGAGCGAAGCACACUUGAUUGGUGCAUAUAUUCACAACUGUUUUCAUUCAUUACAGUGUAUUGCGUUAGAAUGGAGAAUUAUCUUUUUCUGAUAGAUCAUUUAAUAGCCACUUUUUGUUGCUUGGGGAAAAACCUUUAAGUGGCAUAUUGCCAUUAAUACUUUUUUUUUUAACAAUUGGAAACUUUAAACAGCGGUUUGGCUGUUAGCCAGUGACUGCAUGCUUGAAAGUUCAGCAUAAAGACUGCUGUUGGCUGGCAACAUGGCAUGAAUUUAAGGCUACCUCAUUAUUGUGAGAUCCACUUCUGUGUUCUGUAGAAUGGCUUCCUACAUGGGCAGUCCAAAUGGGAGCAAUGGAAGUGGAGGCAAGAUUAUAGCAUUUUUAAAGCAAUCUUCAGUGUGGAUCACUUCCCUAGGAGUAUAAUAGGCAAAAGAAAUAACUUAUUUGGGUGUCUUAAGCAAGCAGCUGGAGCGUGGCCAUGAUUUAGAGUGAAAAGGUGCAUGGAAAAACCUCAUGGAAUUAGAUGGUUAAAUGGAAAAGCUAGAGGUUACCACUAAAGUGUAUUCAGGAACUAUACUUGGGCACUUGAUAAAAUUUGAAUAAUUAGAAGUGAAGAAAUCAAUGUAAAAAUAAGAUGUGUAGUAAUUUACCCUGGCUUCCAUUUAUUUUGUGUAGAUAAGAAUAGAUACUCCAGAUGUGUCAUGGAAUGUAAACAUUUCCAGUUGUAUUUGACCAAACUGCAAUACUUUAGAAAAACCGGGGAGGGGUGCAGAUGUAAUUUGGUGGAAUUUGAUGUAUAUCAUUGGCUUCCCCUCUUUCCUGCAGUUAGUGAGCUUGCUGCUGGUAAUAUGCAGUAAAGUGAGAAAAUACACAUACAAACAGAACAGUUAACUUUCAUGUUCUUGUUUGAGUUGCCUUUUUGAAAAAGUGAAAUUGUGUGACUUGAUUUUCCUCCUGGGUUUUUACCUUUUUUACCAGUUCAGUUGAAUAACUUCAAACUGUAUUUUACGUUGUAAAACCCCUGGGCUAUUCAUUGUGCAUCUAUAUAUAGAUGUUAAUUCAUUUCAAAAGUUUUGUGCCAGUGAAGGGUGAUUGGUGCUUUCAGACUUCCCCUAGAAUAUUCAGGAAAAGCCUUGUAGUUCUAUAAAUUAUCUGUUAAUGUAGGGAGAGGACAACUCUGUUGUAAACACUUGUACUGAAUAACCUCUUCUUUCCUCCUGAAAGCAAGGCUGUUGAACUGCCGAAGACAACAAGGGAUUCCAAGCUCUAAUGGACCUUUGCGAAGAAAAGCUCUGGCUUGCGUGGAAUUUACAUGGGCCUCGUGGAAGAAAGCUUAUCUGUUUAGUAUUUGUGCAUUUUACUAAAAUGGCAGCUUAAAAAAAGUUGUGUAUCUGCUAUUGUGAUGCCAAUGCCCGUGUUUUAAGUGGAAAAUUGACCUCUUUGCUUUGUGCUGUGUACACAAGAUUUCUGCAAAAGUAAAGGAAAAAAACCUUUUUAUGGCUCACACAGCUUAAACUAGCUGUCACUCAAAACAUGCGCUCACAGUCGAGCUAAUUUUGUUUCAUUCUAAAUAAAUUGUUUCUUUUGAGGAAAGUGGUUUUUCUGCCUGGAAAUGAAUUGACAACAAACCUUUGACCCCUUUGUUUGCAGCUGUGGGGGUAUUUUGCUGCUGCUGCUGCCGCCGCUGCUGCUGCCGCUCCUCCUCCUCCUCGAUCUGAUAGUUGUGGGUCUCAGACAAGAAGCAGGGAGACCUACGCAUUGAUAUUGACCAUCCUGUUGUAUCAGAUCUGAAGAAUCUAGUCUGUUGUGUUGCUGUGUCCCAUUGUUUACAGUGAAUGGGGAUCAAUGGCUGCUAUCUCCUCAUCUUUACGAGGAAAUGGUGCUGUUGCUGGCAUGCAAGAAGCAGGGAAAGCAUCUUAAGUCUCAGAACAGUGUACAAAUCUGGGACUUCAUUGAUUUUGAAGAGCUGGAGUUCCUGAAUUUUAAGUUCUUGAUUUGUUUUGUUCACCUAACUUGUUUGGCCUUAGUUCUGAUUUUAGUUUGAAGAAAGUUUGAAAUUGCUUUGCAUCUUGCGCAUAGAAACCUUUUCACCAAAUUGGAAAAAAAGAAAAAGUAACUCAAAAUUUUUUAAGGGAUAGCGCGUUUCCAGACACACUUGAAAGAGCUCCUCCGCAUCCAGGGGCUUUUCACCAGAGUUGUGCAGUCCUGGGUGUAGUUCUGAAUGGAUGAAGAGUUCCUGAGAGCUAGAAUGCUGUCAUUAAAACCUGUACCAUUGGUAUUGGUGCUCUUGACCAGUUUUGAAGCAAAUUGUCUACACACCUUGGAUGUGCAUGCAACCGUGAUCGUUUCCUAGGUACCACUGCAAACUUGUAGUUUGUAGUACAGAUGAUGAGAGGAGGAAAAAAGUGGUGACACUUUGAAAAAUGUGUCCCUGCAUUUGGGGACCUUGAGCUUUGGAAAGCUGUUCCCACUGUGCAGGAGUACAACUCUUUGCUGCAGGAGACUUCGGGGCAUGGUUGACGUCACACCACCAGAGGUCAAGAGGAAGCGAACAGUGCUGCACCUGCACCGUGGCUGCAGAAACCGCAUAUGUUUGCCAUUCUGUCUUAGAAUUAACUAGUUGCCAUUUGACAUGCAGAUGGAAGACAUCUUGAAAUACAAGCUUGCUCUGGUUGCCUUGAAAUAUUUAACCUAUUGUGGAUAAAGAACACUAGCACUGUCCUGUAUUCACGCAGGAUGACUGCUAGGCAGCAGGUGCUUAUCAACACACGGAUGCAACGAUUGUGUUCCACAAAUUAUGUGUUCCCAAGGCAAACUGCUGUUUAAAACACUUAAACAGGAUUGGUCAGCCCCUCUGGAUUGGUUAGAGGGACAUCUUUGUCUGAAAGGUAAACUGUACAUUUUUCUUAACAUACUGAAUUCCUGCUGCUUAAGUUGGCUUGGGCUAUGGCAUAUAAGAAUAUGAAAAAAUGGAUUUAAGCACACUGUAAGCGUACCAAGCAGACAGAAAAGUAUUUAAAUACUGAACCUGCUUCUUUAUAACUAUGCAUUCUAUGGUAAGAAUGUUUUUGAAGUUCUUUGCUUCUCUUGAACUGCACACCGAGUUUGCCAUUCAGUAUAUUAAGAGCGUGAUCCAGCAAAAGUUAAGCCCCAUUAAUAGACUUUCAUUAAGGGGGAUGAAGAGUAUACGUAUUUUCUCUCAGAAAUCAAUGGGACUGAAAAGUGCUUAGCCAUUGCUCUUUAGCAUUAGUUAAUUUUCAUAAGAAAACGAUUACAAACAGGAAAACAUUUAAAAAUAAUGUACAAUCAACUUAAAAAAUAUAACUGACACAAUUGAAAGUGGAUUGGUAGAUAAGUGUUUAAGGUUCUAAAUCUUCAAGCUAAGCAUUUCAUUAUAAAAUGUAUAAAAGAUACACCAAACAAUAUAAAAUAUUUCUGCACCUCAAUAAGAGAUGGUUUGUAGUUGUAUACAAACUCUUACUUCUACAUUCUGCCUCUGAAUAUUUGACAAAUAACAAUUACUUACACUUCACAUUUAGUAGUGUCUGAAGGAGGACUGGGAAAAACACCUAUUCUUAAUUAUAAGAAGUAUCAAUUAGAUCCCCAUAGAAUUCACACACCAGUGUAUAGUUCUAGAUGUUAUGUUACCUUUUCGCAACAAGAGCUAUAAAGAACUUUCUCUGUAUUCAUAGGAUGGUAUCCAACUCUGAGUUGACUACAGAUCAGUGGACUUGGGUAUAACUUAGUUGGACACCUCCUAUUGCUAUUUUGUUAGGUUGUAAAGGAAAAUUGAUUGGUUGAAAGCUAUUAUCAAUGGAAGCUUAUCCAAAGUGUCCCAUCUAAUACAAAUUUUAAGUUUAGCAAUUGGUAAAAUGUAGAGGUAUGGACAUGUUAGUGUCUCUUGAGUUAUUCUGUUCCAGGUAAUUUGUUAAAACUAAGACGAUAAAAAGUAUAAAAUCUGGACAAUAUAUUCUGGCAGUUGCUAAUAGCAGAAAGUAGGCUGUGAUCUGUCAGUGGUCAUAGACCACUGAUUAUUUUCUGGCAAAUCUUGUGCCUGCUGCUUUCUGGGAUUAUUUGAAAGAAAGCUGGGAGCAGGGCACUUAUUGCACAGGAUAGGAUACUCUUAAGUAUGUACUUUUGCUUUGUAAAUUUAAAAGAAGUUGGUUGGCCAUGGGGAUCCAUGGUUAGACCUAACUUUGUGACUUCCAGCUGUUUUGGACAGAUAGAAGUUGCAGUCCAAAAUAUCUGGCAUGCACUAGGUUGGUGAAGACUAGAUUAGAUUGAACAUAUAAGAAAGACUAACAUUGUUCUUCCCUUAGCUUUAGAGCCUUGUGCUCUGUAAAGCGUCUUCUCCAACCUUUUCCCCCAAGAUGUUAUUGGACUAGUGAUUUCCUCAUCCUUGACAGUUGCCCAACUGAUGGGAUGAUGGAAGUUGUUGGACCACAAUGUUUGAGGAACAAGGUUGGGGAAGGCUGCUUUAGAACAUUGGAUCAUGAGAAAUAAGUUACAAUUAGCACUAGAUCAGGGAUGGAAAACUUUAGCACUCUAGCUGUUGUUGGGUUUUUAGCCAGUAUGGCCAUUGGUGAGGGAUUGUGGAAGUUGUGUACAGGUUCCACAUCUGCAUUAUAGAUUGUCAGUACUGCAUUUGAACCCGAGAAGAUUGUGUGAGCUUUAUGGAUCCCAUUUUGGACAUCCUAACAAUGUGAGGACUUUGCCUUCUGAUGUUUCCUGAUCUGGGGCUUUGAAUCAGAAGAGAGUGAUCCAAUUAAUUGAUCUUUAUAUGUAGAGGAGAAUGAGCGCAUAAGGUAUGCCAGGUUUCUUACUUGAAGAGUACAGUGGUGCCUCGAUUUACUAAUUUAAUCCAUUCCGAAGCCACCUUCGUAGGUCGAAAAAUUCGUAAGUCGAAAAACGCCAUUGGAAACGCGAUUUCCCAUAGGAAUGCACUGGAAACAUAGCUGCCAAGUUAUCCCUUUUUUUAAGGGAUUUUCCCUUAUGCUGAAUAGGCUUCCUCGCGAGAAAAGGGAAAACUUGGCAGCUAUGACUGGAAACGGAAAAAUUCGUAAGUUGAAGCAACCCUAUCUAAAAAUUCCUAAGUCAAAAAAUCCCUAUCUAAAACCACCGUGGUUUUCUUUCGGAUGUCGAGACAUUCGUAAGCGCACGGCCAUUACCCCCAUUCGUAAGUCGAAAAAUUCAGUUGUCGAGUCGUUCGUAAGUCGAGGUACCACUGUAUAUCAAACAAGCAGGUAAUACUAACAAGGAGGGCUUAAAAGUGUUUAUCCAAAUAACAGAGGGUCUUUUGGUAAGAAAUCAACCUUGUGUGUGAAAUUACUUAUAUCUUGGCAACUUAAUGUCAGGGAUGUCUACAGUUAUAGGCUGCAUCCAUUUACAGCUUUUAUUGGGCAUGAUGUGGCCCUCCAGGCCUCUCUAACUAGCACUCGGGACUCUCUCCAGGCCGCACUCCCUCCUGAGUCACACUUCUCAUCAGUCCUGCUUUGCACUCUCCUUUGAGUACUUUUGCCUGGCUGGAAUGUUUUUGAUAAUGCUCCUUGCUUCUCUGGCUGGAAUGUAGUAAGGGAUAUGUGGAUGUGAAGAAAUUAGCCUAGUACACAAAAGUAAAAGUUCACAUGCAUUGCUUUGCCUGCUUUUUCCUUCUGGGCAUCCCCAACAGUGGCACGUGGCUUCUGGAAAGUUGUCUAGACUGGAAUGUGGACCUUGGGUGGAAAAAUGUUCCCCACCUCUGGCUAAUAUUCAGACCUUUGUUGCACAUAAUGCAUCCACGCUGCAGUCUCCUUUGGGGCAACACUAGAUGUAUUCAGGGUUUUGUGUGUGCUGUAAUCCUGCACAGAGGCAGAUUUUAAAUAUUCUGCCCAGAAGGCAGCAUCCUUCUGCUUUCAUGGUUUAAAGUGGGAGUGAAGAUGUGUACAGACAUGCCUACUACAUCUUUAGUAGAUGAGGGGACAUGUGAAUAGGAUUCCCACUGGUUAGAAGGGUAGGGUUUUGAUGCCCUGUGUAGAUACUUGUUCCUCAUUAAUAAUUGAACCAAAAUAAAUUAUGCAAUAUAAGCAAGUAUAUGUAAGCAUGAAUAAUUUAUAGUUAGCUAAAUUUAGAUUUUCUGAGUACAGAAUUUUGAUUUUAGUGCACACAGCCCUCCAUUUACAGGCAGUCAGAAUUUAAUCUGUGGCACCUUCGUCUGUGGCACCUGAGCUUCUGAGAAAAUGUAAAUGCAAGAAAAUGUCAUAUUCGUUUUCCUACAUUAACCUGCUGUGUUUUUCUGAUCACUUGGACCUCUUUCACUGCUUAGGUCAGGAGACAAGAAGCUCAGGUGUGCACCAAGCUGUGUUGCAUAGCUUGCAUAUCCAUUUCUGCUUUCAAUCCAGCCUUGCAUGCUGGAGGUAGAUUUUUAGUCUGCUUGGUGUGCGUUUCUGACAUUGGGACUGCAAAUCUACCGUAAUUGGAACAGUUGUAAAAAUGAAAGGCUACCGCAGGUGAGAUUCUGGUUGCAGUUGAGCUGUUUUAUCCAGUAGCCACCAGUCAGUGAUAUAUUGAACACUAGCAAUAUAGUGCAUUUCUCUUACUUCCUAUUCUGGGCACCAAGGAUUGGGGGAUCUGAGAACCAUCCCAGUUUUUAACUGAAUACAGAAUGGAUUUGGGAGCAUUCUGCUUUUUCAUAUUCAGUACUCUAGGAAAAGAGAAAUAAUUAUUCUUUUAUCAGCCUAGUUGAUGGUAAGGGAGAAGAGGUAUCAUGAAGGUCAAGGAUUUCUGUAGCUCAGGGGUAGGGAACCUGGUGCCCUCCAGAUCAGGCAUCGGCAACCUCCGGCCCAUGGAUACCGUUUAUCCGGCCCACGGGCUGCCCGUGAACCGGUGCAACGCGGCACGGGAACUCGCCGAGUGGUGCCGGAAAUUGCGUCUAUGCAGCCGCAGAAGCGAUUUCUGGCGCUGCGGAAAUUUUGGAAAUGGGCAGCCAGCACCGGAAAUCGCUUCUGCGCAGCUGUGGACAUGCACAGAAGCCAUUUCCGGUGUUCUGGACAUGGACAGCGCGGCACCGGAAAUUGGCCCAUGUCCGGCCCACGGACAAUAGUCCGUGGGAAUCCUCCGGCCCACGGGCAGAAAACGGCGACGCCUGCUCCAGAUGUUACUAGAAAACAACUCAUCAUCCCUGAACAUUGUCCAUGCUGGCUAUCACUGAUUGAGUCCAAAAAUAAAUUCCCCACCCCUCCUCCAGCUGCUUCAUACCCUAAUUCUAUUCUAAACACCUCACCUUGACAUCUUGACAGUCUUGCAGAGUUUGAGAAUUUUUGCUCUGGGGAGUGAAUGAAUGGGGGUGGGAGAGGAAUUAGCAGUCAAUUGCUAUUUUAAUGGGAAGUGGAAGAGAGCAAAGUGUGUAGAAAAGCACUUUAAGGGCAUGGUGAUGCUCUGGUCAUUUGCUUCUGCUGUGUAACACAGGACCAGUAGUGAGCAAAACAACAGACCAUAAUUUGUUUAUUACAAAAUCUGGUUGUGUAAAGAACAGUGUUUCUUCUGAAGGAGCCAACCAGGCAUUGGGGCAGUGAGGUGGAGCAUACCCUGUUUCUCAUAUUUUAAGACAUACCCAUAAAAUAAGCCAUAGCAGGAUUUUUAAGCAUUCAAGGAAUAUAAGACAUACCCCGAAAAUAAGACAUAGUGAUAGGUGCAGCAGCAAUGCCGGCCGCGGCAGGAGGAGAAGGGAAAAAAUAAGACAUCCCUUGAAAAUAAGCCAUAGUGUGUUUUUUUGAGGAAAAAAUAAAUAUAAGACAUGUCUUAUAAUAUGAGAAACACGGUAGGACAAGUGUCUUUAAAAAUGCCCUAGUCAUAAAAAAAGAAAAUGUGCUAAAAGGUUGUGACAUAGAGUUAUGUUCAUGGAAUUAGAGGUCUUGGUGCCUUAGGUUAUUUUGGAUAUUUCCCAAAUACUGGUUCAGUAAAUGCGGAUGCAAGCAUUUCAAGGAAGACCUGGGACUCUUGGAGCCCUUGGUCAUUUUGGAUCUUUCUUCUCUAGUUGCUUGGACUGCCGCGUGUAGCAGGACCCACUAGGAACCAAUACUUACAGUCGUACCUCUACUUACGUAUCCCUCCAGAUACGUAAACUUCAGCUUGCGAAUGCAGCAAAGUGCUCAGAAGCGGUGCCUUCGGAUACGGACUUUUCAGGUUGUGGACGGACCCCUGGAACAAAUUAAGUUUGUAUCCGGAGGGUCCAUUGUACUGGUAAAAAAAUGGAUACUCUGGCUAUAGAUUGUGAGAGAACUUUAUUGUCAUUCAACUUUGGGAGGCACAAAUGCCCCCCCCUCCUUUCUACACGGUGGGCAGGUUAGUUUGGUUGUUCCUGGAAAGCUUCAGGAGUUAUGAUAUACUCCUAGGGUUCUGAAAUCUUACUAUCAGUCUCAUGGUUGCAUAUAAUAAAUGGCAGAGCAAGGACUACAAUCCAGGCAUUCAUGAGUAGCAGUGCCCACCAGUUAUGCUGUGUUUGAUGUGACUGGUUUAUGGAAGACCUGAAUGACUGGGAAGGGAGACUAUUGCUGCAAUAAAAGCAUCAAAGAUAUCAUUGCUGCUUUCUGUAGUGUGCGAAUUGGCAGAAAGUUCCAGUUAGCAAAUAGAUGUGUGAAUUUGAGCUUUGCAUACUCAGGAACUAUGCAUUUCUACACACACUUGCUGUUAUUGUGUAUACCACUUUCAGUUUGCUUCAAAGGAUUCUCUUUUACGUAUAAAACGCACAAUAUCAGAGGUUCAGUAUUACACUGCGUACUCUGAUAUAUGGGAUGUCUCUUGUCAAUUAAAGUCAUUCCUCUCCUGGCUGACAAGGCAUUGAAAAGUGGAGUCCUUUGUUUGGAAGUUAAUUUUUCAAGGAGGUCUUGAGUAAUGAGCAGCUGCUCAUUGCUUUCCUAGGCCAUUAACCUGUAAAGUCCUUCCAGAUGGAGAAAGAUGGGGUUUGGAGCAGUAUACUGUAACAGCACCAAGCUGUUUCUUUUUUUCAUCCAAAUCAGAUACUUCAAUCUUGAUACUCACUCUGUUUGGAGAAUACUGACUGCAGUGGAGUAAUUAAUCAGACAUAGCCAAAAUAAACAUGGUUGGCACCAAACAUUCAGUGAUAAUGCCUGCUUGUGGAAUGGAAAUGGACUUUUGGUUUCUCUUCUUCCCUGCAGAUCCCAACAAUCUAGUUUCUUUGUCCCCUCUCCAGUGCCCUGCAUUCCCCCCCCCCCUCACUGAUAUAUGAUUUGGGGUUUGUGCAAAGGGCUUCAGGGGAAGGUAAUAAAGGGAAAUCCCCAAUGUGUAAGUGGACACUCACAUUGGAUCUCACCCUGUAUUACUCAGGAUGGACCAUGAUUUAGAGUGGGGAUAAAUUGUGAUGUAACUAGUGCAAUUAUUCAGGGUGACGAAAGAGCAAUGUCAGGAGAUUUCGUGUUAAGUGGGAAGGUAAAUGGCGUUUCCGUGUGCUGCUCUGGUUCGCCAGAAGCGGCUUUGUCAUACUGGCCACAUGACCUGGAAGCUGUACGCAGGCUCCCUCGGCCAAUAACGCGAGAUGAGCGCCGCAACCCCAGAGUCGGUCACGACUGGACCUAAUGGUCAGGGGUCCCUUUACCUUUUUUACAGAGGCAGUAUACAGGGAAAAGUUAUUGAGUUAGUGCAAGGAAUCCUGUCUGUGCAACAGAAUUUCCUCUCUUCUCCCUGUCUGUUCCUCCACCCUCAAAUCUCUUUUGGGGGGUUCCCCCCAACCCUCCAGAGCAGAUUUGCAGAUGAUGUGCCAGGAGAAGGAGAGCGAUUUAUCUUGUCCAUAGAGAAGUCCUUGGACAAAUGGGAUUACUUCAUUGGAUACAAACCAUGGAGAUACACUUGCAGUUAAGGUAGAAUUUUUCUUCUCCAUUGGACUAUAUGUGACUACCUAUUGACACAUACGGUAGGAUCUUUAGUGACUAAGUCAGUUUAACAAAGGUGGGAAAUUCAGUUUUGGGAAAGAGACUGAACAUAAAACAGACAUUUCAAUACAUUUAUGGUACAGAUAUAUUUAGGGUAUUUAUUCAGUGGUUCAGAAAGAUAUGAAUUUGGCCAGGGUCUUUUUAAAAACUGUUUAAAUUAGUAGCUGUUACAUGUUAACUAAAAGUAUCCCUAUGUCUGUCCUGAAUCUACUUCUAGUCAACUUUGUUGGGUGAUGUCAAUUUCUAGUAGUGAGAGAGAAGAAAAACAAUUCACAAGUUUCUACUUCUCUAUAGUAUUCAAUUUUUUUUAGAAAUUACAAUGAUUAAUUUAAAAUAAUUUUUAUAAACUGUCAACUCAUAAAAAAUAUCCAAGUGAUGUAAAAUGAAGUCACUUAAACAUAACAUUAAAGAUAAGGAACAAAAUCCAACACUGAAUUGAAUUAAACCAAAUUAAGUGAUUCCAUUUUCUUCCCUCUUCCCCACUUUAUAAACUAUAAGGCCACAAAUGUUUUACCAUUUCUUCUUAAGGGAGAGCCAUCAUCCCAUUACAUCAUUCCAGUUCCUUCUCUGUUACUUUCUAUCUACAAUACAUGUUUUCUAGUUAAGUUGCCUGAGCUGUACAUGAAAUUCUAAACGUUUCUGUGCUAUGUAUCUAUGUAAUGGCAUGUCUGGACCGUAAAGUUUUACAGUAUUUUCAUUAA